AUGUGUGACACUCAAGAAGAGAUGCCAGUGUACAUCUGUGAGUGGACCGAGGUAUCGGAUCCAGAGGUGUCAGGUCCAGAGGUGUCGGAUCCAGAGGUGUUAGAUCCAGAUGUGUCAUACCCAGAGGUGUCGGACCCAGAGGUUUCGGAUCCAGAUGUGUCUAAUCCAAAGGUGCCAGAUCCAGAUGAGUGCGAUGCCCUGGCUGGGAGUCAAACCCAGACUCUCCAGCUGGCAGUCUUAACCCUGGUUAAGGAACUGGCCACCGUCAGAACCAUCUGCAGCCACGUUCAAAACAUGAUCAAGGGUGUUACGCUGGGCUUCCGCUACAAGAUGAGGUCCGUGUAUGCUCACUUCCCCAUCAAAGUCGUUAUUCAGGAGAAUGGGUCUUUGGUUGAAACCCGAAAUUUCUUGGGUGAAAAAUACAUCCGCAGGGUUCGGAUGAGGACAGGCGUUGCUUGUUCUGUCUCUCAAGCCCAGAAGGAUGAAUUAAUCCUUGAAGGGAAUGACAUUGAACUUGUUUCAAACUCGGCGGCUCUGAUACAGCAGGCUACAACAGUUAAGAACAAGGAUAUCAGGAAGUUUUUGGAUGGUAUCUAUGUGUCUGAAAAGGGAACCGUGCAGCAGGCUGAUGAGUAGACCUAAGUUACCAGUUACAGAAACAAGAUCCUGA